AUGGACACCAGCGAUUGGGAAAAGGUCACCGUUCUGCGCAAGAAAAAGCUCCCUCCGCAGCACUCGACCAAGGCCGUGAAUGAGGCACUUGCUAAGGGGUCUCCCGUGGAAAUUUCAAAGAGAUACAAUGCGGGCACCAAUAGGCCUAGUGCCUCGACACCCUCGGCAGAGCAGCGCCACAUAGCCGAGUCUGACGAAAUUAUAUUGCCCAGAACGAUUUCACACGAUGUCGGUAUGUGUUAUUUUACAUCCGUUUUGUAUCUGGUUUUUCUUUUGCUUCGCUGUUCUGAAAAGACCCGUUUUUAG